AUGUCCCAACAACCAACACUCCUAAUCGGCUCAACAGGCCUAGUAGGCUCCCACAUCCUCUCCACCCUCCUCUCCUCCUCCGUCCCCGUCACCACAAUCUCCCGCCGCCCCCCCAAAACCCCCGGCCCAACCCUCACCCCCAUCAUCGAAUCCAACACCGACCUCUGGACCUCCUCCCUUUCCUCACUCGCCCCCCCGCCCAAAACAGUCAUCUCCGCCCUCGGCACCACCCGCACCGCCGCAGGCGGCAUAGCAAACCAGUGGAAAAUCGACCACGACCUCAACGUCGCCCUGGCCAGAGCAGCGAAAGAUUCUGGAACCAAAACUUUUGUUUUUGUGUCUAGCGGUGGGACGAGGGGUUUGUUCAGCAAUUAUGUGCCGUACAGCAAGAUGAAGAUUGGGGUGGAGGAUACGAUCAAGGAGUUGGGGUUUGAGCACGCGGUGAUACUCAGGCCGGGGUUGAUAUUGGGGGAGAGGGAGCAGGCUAGGCUUGGGGAGGGGCAGGCGCAGGGGGUGGUCAAGGCGAUUGGGCGGUGGUUUGGGAGGGGGGUGGUGGACAGGUUUGCGCAGGAGGGGGAGGUUAUUGCGCGGGCGGCGGUGAAGGCGGUGGAGAUGAUUGAGGGGGGGAGGGCGCCGAGUAAAUACUGGAUUUUGGAGCAGAAUGAUAUUGUGAGGUUGGGGAGGGAGGAGUGGAAGGGGGAGACGAAGUAA